UCCCUCGCUGGAAGUAUGUGGGAAGGAAUAAAGGGAUUCCUUACACAUAACUUAUUUGUGACGAAGCAGAUAAAUGUUUAUUUUUAGAACCGUUUGCCCUUGGAUUGAAUAUGUAUAGCCUUUUCAUUGUCAGUUAUGUAAACUUGGCAUUUGACAGAAGACACUAAAUUCUUCGAUUCUCGUAAACAGUAGAUUUAAGAAAUUACUGGAAAGAAGUACAAUGUCGAAAUACGCCUGGCUUGAUACAAUUGGAGAACCGUGUGGUGAAGAGGAAAUUAUUGGAAAAAUAGGAAAGGAAGUUGAUAAGAAAUUUGGUGGGGGCGGGUUUGGUGAAAGUGGGGGAAAUUCCAAUGGUGGAAAUAAACCAGAAAUGGAACAAGGUUCCUCAGGUGGUCAUGACGUAGGCGAAAAUUGGAAGGAAUUUGCACUAGUUUCUGCAAUGACCACGUUCAGCGGUUCUGUGGGCGAUGCUGUGUUUCAUUAUGCAGAAUUUGGCAACAAUUGGCAACAUAUGAUUCUACGGAUGAAUGUGAGUGAAAACACGAUCCUAUUGGAAAGAGGAGGAGGACCAGAAAAUAACGUCGUUAUUCUCGAUUCCAAUUUGAAGAUAACUAAUUGCAAACUUUCUCGCAAUUGGGUUUGGGUCAAUGUCGAUGGAAAAUCACACAUGCUGAAAUUCCUGGAUUCGGAUAAGGCAUCAACAGCGUUUCAUAUGAUUGAUGGUCUCAUGAGUCUGACAAAACAGUAAUGUGUCCCCCUUAUAUUAUAUAACUCUAUGGUGUCCCCAUACGUUUAUGUAGUUGACUUAUAACCGAAUAAAAGUUCACAAACUCGUAUAUAAACAACUAUAUGAAA